AUGUCCCUAAGUCCUGAGCACAUGGGGAUGGAUCCUCCAAUGCAGAAGCGAAAGAGUUCCUGGUGCGCUAGGCACAGUAAUAUGGAAGCAACAGCAAUGUCCGUGGAUUACACAGGACAGUGGAUUCUCCUGGCAGGACGUCGCCAUUUGGCCCUGCAGAGUCUCGAUCGUGCUGAAGAUGACGAGGAUGGGAUGCAGAAAUUUCAGAGAAAUUCCAAAUAUGAGGUAUCCACAGCAAAAUUUGCAAUUUGCAGCCAUAGCCAGGAAUACUGUGCCAUUGCUACGAGUCAGCUGAUUGAGGUUGUCACCUGGAAGUCGCGAGAUCCCCUCCUGAUGUACUCCCUGCGGGCACACACACGCGUUGUCACUGACAUUGAUUGGCAUUCGAAGGAACCACAUCUCCUGGCCAGUUGCUCCAUUGAUACAUUCACACAUUUGUGGGAUUUACGUGAUCCCCGGAAGCCUACGAUGUCCUUCAGUGCAGUCUGCAUGUCCGGAGCUACUCAGGUUGGAUUGAAUAGAGUUUCCGGAUAUCUCCUGGCAACAGCUCAUGAUGGGGAUUUGAGGAUUUGGGAUCGUCGAAAGGGUUCCUGCCCAAUUCAGUACAUCACAGCCCAUUCGGCACGCAUUCACGGCAUCAACUGGAGCCAUCGGCAUGAGAGUCAACUCACAACAGCCAGUCAAGAUGGGACUGUUAAGUACUUCGACAUCAACAAUUCCCGCUGCCUGGAGAAGAUGAUUAAAGUCUCAUCUCCUGUGUGGCGUGCUCGAUACACUCCCCAAGGGGAUGGUCUUCUCACCGUUAUUGUACCCCAUUCGGGUCACGAUGAGCUGAGUAGCCUUCAGCUGUGGAGCAAUAACAAUCAACGAGCUCCCGUUUGUACCUUCCUCGGGCACACAGACGUCGUUCUGGACUUUGCCUGGCGCCCAAAAAGUACUGAAGACACUUCUCCGGAUAUGCAGCUCAUCACAUGGUCCAGAGAUUGCACACUGCGUCUCUGGAGGAUUGAUGAGGAUCUCCAGAAGCUGAUAAAUCGUGAAGAUUCCCAAACGGAGAAGGUGGAUUCGGGCACAGACGAUAUGAUCCUGGAGGAAUGCCUGCCGCAGACAAAGAAGAAAGGUGGGAAGCGUGGAGACAUUGAAUCUCCACCCUCGUGCUCACUUCAGCAUGAAUUCUCCCUCCUCAAUACAAAUAUUCCACACAUUGAUGUUGAGGAGCUGGAUCCGGUAAAAAGAGCUGCCAUGGCUCAAGUUUCCGCGAAUGGGCACGUCAUUGUCCUGCAGGUCUACUUCCCCACGAACUACCCCAAUGUUCUGCCACAAUUCACCUACCUUCCGGGAACUUCAGUGGACGACACACUCUCAGCACAGCUAAUGCGUGUCCUCCGGCAGACGGCUAAUCAGCGCGUGAAGAAGGGCAAGACGUGUCUUGAACAAUGCCUCAGGGCACUCGUAACAGCCCUGAAAAAAUCCACAAGCGGCGGCGAUAAAAGCUAUCUCCGUCUGCAGUCGCCUCGCCUUGAAGGGGCCCUCAGUGGAGCACUUCACGAUGCCUGCGUGCCCUUCCCGAAGACGUCGGGAGCGCGAUUCUCAAGCGUGGGUAUCCUCGUGACGUUCGUGCAGCCGCUGAACACCAAAAGGAUCAGCCUGAGGCAUCAAACGACAACACCGAGAGCCCUUUCAGCGCUCAGUGGGGGCUACCUGGGGAACGUCAUGGGUUCCCUACCGGUUCUCUAUGCUCCACGAGAUGGAAAUUCUUCUGCCUUCUACCUCCAGGAUCGUGUUAGGAAAACUUCUCGCCAUCGCCUCGGCCCGCAGCAAAAAAUGUUUUCGAGUGAUGUAACAGUGUAUGACUUAUCGAAACAUUUGCACGUGAGCCGGGAACUGGCGGAAAAGUACGUCAUAAACACGGAUAAUUUGGCGGAAAUGUGCAAAAUAAACAAAAUGGUGGCUGAGGAGCAUGGGAGGAGUGAUUUAGUGCAAUGCUGGUCUCUUGCAGAAAUGAUUGCCACACCUGUUGUGGAUGUGGAGACAGAUGAAGAUAUGUUUUAUUCCCAGAAUCCAUUCUCUAGGAAUCUCCUAGAGUCUCUGAUUCUCCACUUUGCCAAGAAUCGCGAUGUUCAGACUGCUGCCAUGCUGUGCUGUGCAUUCGGACGGCAUUGUCCACCAUCAGAGAUGUCCAGGAGUUCGAGUUCUGGAAGCAAAUCCAUAUCACAAAGCCACUUGCUUGGUCAUCGCAAAAUUAAGCCAAGUGGUUCACCGUAUCACACCAUCCUGCCACUGGACACAACCAGCAGUCAUGUGGGUCAUCAGGAAUGGCAUCUUGUGACGCAACUGAAGAACCUCCGCAGCAAUUCGUGGUCUGAUUCCCUCGAUGACUGCCGUGCGGCUGGAAAUCACGUCAACAAGAGUCUCCUCGGGGAUUCCCAGCGUCACUUCCACGACAUCCUCAAGAGCACGUACGCUGAGAUGCUGUAUCGCUGGGAUCUCCUUGUGCAGCGUGCCAAGGUGCUCAAGUACCUCAGCACACCACCUGAAUCUCCGCGUGGAGUGGAUUUUGUCACAGAGUGCCUCGUGUGCAAUCGCAACUCAACAGCAGUCAUCCCCUUUUGCAGUAACUGCCACAGACCACUCCUCUACUGCGCUCUGUGUCGCCUUCCAGUUCGUGGGGCUGCCAAUGCGUGCCUCCAGUGUGGCCAUGGGGGUCACACACUUCACAUGAUGGAGUGGUUUUCGCGGUAUGAUGUGUGUGCUGCAGGAUGUGGGUGCCGGUGCCUCCUUGAGACGACUUUUACCAAUGAAUACCCGAAGAAAUAAAAAGGACAGGUGGUUCAUUCUCGCUCCCCGAGAGGCCAUAUUUGACGUAAUUCCCCCAAAAAUAUGAGAUUUAUUUUAUUCAAUUCAAUUAAAUGCAAAUUUUAUUACAA